CAUUUCCGCUCCCUCCCCCAUGUUGUUGCUGUCAACAGGGAGUGCAGCUUUACAGUAACUCGGAGCACAGUCAGUUAGGCAGCCGAGCACUCCUGGCCUGAACCAUGAACCAGACUGACCCCAGCUCCUUAGAGACAGGCCAGGCUAAGUCAGAUCUUACACACCAGAGCGACCAGAAGCAGACGCCACAGGCCAGCAUGUCCAGUAAAGGCCCUCCGGGAGAGUCAGUGUUGAGGAAAACGACCUCAAGGGUUUUUGACCAAGAGGAGCUGCUUGGGGCUUUGAUGCCAACCUUGGAGGCUUUGUACCAACAGGACCCUGAGUGCCUUCCUUUCCGUACGCCUGUGAACCCAGAGUUUCUGGGAAUUCCUGACUACUUCGACAUCAUCAAGAACCCCAUGGAUCUGUCGACCAUUUUUAAAAAGUUGGACACAGGGCAGUACAAGGAGCCAUGGCAGUAUGUCGAAGACGUCUGGCUGAUGUUCAACAAUGCCUGGCUGUAUAAUCCAAAGACCUCUCGGGUCUACAAGUACUGCACCAAACUGGCCGAGGUGUUUGAGUUUGAGAUCGAUUAUGCUAUGCGGUCCCUGGGCUACUGCUGUGGGAGGAAGUACACGUUUUCUCCCCGUACUACUCCCUGCGAUCACAACAGGUAAGAAAGAGCCUUUAGGAUAAACCUGCUAUUACACAUCACGAUUCCGUUUUGAACAAUUCAACAAC